AUUCAGAGCUCCACGUGUGGUUUACAAAUCCUUUUUUUCAUUUUCAACAUAGACCACGCACCUGUGCAUCUGUGCAUAUUGUUUUUCAAGUGAAAUCGUUACUGCGAGAUGGUGCUUAGAACUGUUUCUUUUGUAUUUAUUGCAAUCUUGGUUAUUGAAGUUGAAAAAUCUAAUUGUGAAUGUCCAAAACCCAUUACUACUUGCGAACGAGGCAAAAUUUCAUUUUAUUUAUACAAAGAGUUGUUAGAACCGUAUGAAGAGUUAAUACUGUACGAUGAAAAUUCAAUAAAAAAUGCCACAUUUAUACAAAAAGCAGACUUCAAAAUUUUAAUUCACGGUUACACCGGAUCUAAGGACCGUCCACCGGCAAUAGUAGAUCUUCGUAAUGAAUACCUCAAACUGCAGAAAAAAUUCAACAUACUAGUGGUAGAUUGGGGACCAAUGGCUGUCGAUGGAUGCUAUUUUGAUACCGCUUUUCAUUGCAUAUCACUUGUAGGAAGAUGUGUGGCAGAGAUGGUUAAUUCCAUACUUCAAUACAGACCAGAAAUAACUGUAGACCAAUUUCACGUCAUUGGUUGGAGUAUGGGAGCUCAAGUUUGCGCUCGAUUUGGCAUCCAUUUCAGACCAAAAAUUGUUCCUCGAAUUACUGGUUUGGAUCCAGCGUUUCCUAAAUUCUUUUGGCCUUUUACAGUAGGCCAUAAUAUAUUGAAUAGGAAUCAUGCAAAGUUUGUUGAUGUACUUCAUUCAAAUAUGGGAGUAUUCGGAGUCUAUUUUUCGAACGCCCAUUACGAUAUUUAUCUCAAUAAAGGGACAUUCCAACCUGGAUGUGGUGAGGACACAUCAUGUAGUCAUCGUCGAGCGACUGAGGUUUUUUCCGAAUCUAUCAAUUCAAAAGUAAAAUUUAUGGCUAGAAAGUGCGAUCACAAUUCGUAUUAUGUUACCUUCAGAAAGUGUGAUGGAGAUUCAAAAAGAUACAUAGAAGUAGGAGAAUAUUGCAAACCACCAGUAGAUGAAAAAGACACAGGUACGUAUUAUCUCAAGACUAACCACCAGUCACCAUAUGCGAUACCUAUUCCUCCUGAGAAUAUGGACCAUUGAGCCUCAAAUAAAUUACAUUAUCUAAGUAGAAUAAUUUUUUAUUCAAUUACAUAAUUCAAAAUAAAGUGUUUUGUUACGAUUCCACAAAUUAAUUAGAUACUUUACG